UCUGAAACCAGUUCAGGCAUUUCUUGCAGCAAACUACAAAGUCUGAACCUCUGUGAGCUGCUGACAGACAUGUGUCCACAAAGGACCGAGAGAGAAAAACACUUUGAUUCGAUGCAUUGUUGAGGAAAAGAUGGGCAGUGUGGGGAGGGAAACGGGCCCACUCUGUGAUUUGAUGGAUAUUUCUGACGUAAAAAGAUACCUUGGAGGUGAGAAACCUCACACACCAUUGUACCAGAAGGAGGUGUAAGAAGCAGGUUGUAAUUGCUAGUCAUCUGGAGACCCACAAAAAACAGGAGAGGUGGAAGACAAAGAAGAGGAACAAGAAGAGGAAAGUGCAGAGAGAAAUAAGUCUCACAGCUGAUUUCAGAGGAAAGAUGAUACUGUUGAUGUGCCUACUUCUCCUCACUGGAUGUGGCUGUGCAGGCUCCAGGUCGCUCGGAUUAGAGAUGCAGACGCCACAUUGCAGGGCCCCCAAUCUCCUGCUCAUCCUUCUCGGCCCCAUACUGCUGGCUAUGGGCCGGGCCACUAUGGACAGCCAAGCAGCGCUGUACGAACUUGAGAAGGAACCAGCUUAUUGGGAUGCACAGGCCAGGGCAACCCUGGAUGCUGCGCUGAAACUCCGCCCUCGGGACCACCAGGCCAAGAACAUCAUCCUGUUCCUCGGUGAUGGGAUGGGUGUGUCCACAGUGUCAGCAGCUCGAAUCCUGCGAGGUCAAAUGGAGGGCGGAUCAGGGGAGGAGACAAUGCUGGCCAUGGAUACUUUCCCAUAUGUGGCCUUGUCAAAGACCUACAGUGUAGAUAAACAGGUAGCAGACAGUGCUAGCACAGCUACAGCCUACCACUGUGGGGUGAAGGCCAAUGCUAAGACAGUAGGGCUCAGCGCUAAUGCAGUGGCCUAUGAGUGUAACACCACCUUUGGCAACGAGGUCUACUCAGUACUACGACGUGCUAAAGCACAAGGUAAAUCAGUUGGCAUAGUGACCACCACCCGUGUCCAGCAUGCCUCCCCAGCUGCUGCUUAUGCUCACUCUGUCAGUCGCAGUUGGUACAGUGACGCAGAUCUUCCGUCCAGCGCCCGCAGGCAGGGAUGUGUCGACAUUGCAACCCAGCUGGUCACUAACGUUGACAUUGAUGUAAUUCUGGGGGGAGGGAGGAUGUACAUGACACCAAAAGGAACCCCAGACCCUGAGUACCCUACCUCCAACUCCCGCAAGGGGGACCGAAAAGACAAGAGGAACCUCAUCGAUGUGUGGCUGAAGGCUAAACCAAACAAGAAGUCACACUACAUUUGGCACAGGAAGGAGUUUGAUGAGAUAAAUGUUAAAACUACUGACCGGCUCAUGGGUCUGUUUGAGCCAAAGGACAUGAGAUUUGAGGUCUUCAGGAACAGCACACGUGACCCCUCCAUUGUGGAAAUGACAGAGAAGGCCAUACAAAUCCUCAGCAAGAAUCCCAAAGGAUACUUCCUUUUUGUGGAAGGAGGAAGAAUUGAUCACGGCCACCAUGACGGCAUUGCCAAACUGGCACUGACCGAAGCUGUGAUGUUCGACCGAGCCAUUCAUCGUGCUGCGCAGCUGACCAGAGAAUCCGAUACUCUCACCGUGGUCACUGCUGACCACUCCCACGUCUUCACCUUUGGUGGCAACACACCCCGGGGGAAUCCCAUCUUUGGUCUGGCACCAAAGAAAGCUGAUGACAAAAUGCCUUUCACCAGCAUCCUAUACGCCAAUGGUCCCGGCUAUGUCCACAUAAAUGGAACCAGAGGGAACAUCACAAUGGUGGAUUACUACGAUGAGGAGUACAUGCAGCAAGCUGCCGUCCCAUUGGAUGCUGAGACGCAUGGCGGGGAGGAUGUGGCCAUCUACGCCAAAGGCCCAAUGGCUCACCUGUUCCAUGGGGUGAAAGAGCAGAACUAUGUGGCUCACGUGAUGGCCUACGCUGCCUGCUUAGAACCCUAUACGAACUGCCCUCCUCACCCCCACACCCACACCUCAAGCGGGAGUGUGAACGCACCCUCGACCCUCCUGUUAUGCCUGCUUGGCCUCCUCUGUUUGCUCAGAUGACCCCAAAACAUGCACACAUCAAGACACACAUACUUACACAAAUACAUUGUAUGCAUGCAGAAUUACAGACACUUAAUGCACUAAACACACAUAGAGUACAUGCGCACACAUUUACUGUAUGCACACAGGCUGGCAAGUGAGAAUGCAGGGAUAAACAUAUAUAGUACUGUAUUUAUUAAAGGUCUAGUGUGUAGAAUUUAGUGGCAUCUAGCAAGUUAGAGAUACUCUGGUGGCCAGGAAACUUGUGAAAAUUAUGACCGCCCCUAUCUAGAGCCAGUAUUUGGUUUGUUCCUUCUGGGCUACUGUAGAAACAUGGCAGUUCUACAUGGAGGACUCCAUGGAGGUUGACCCAUGGUGUCUGUAUAUAUAAACAGCUCAUUCUAAGGUAAAAAAAAACAUAACGCUUCUUACAUUCAUGUGAUUAUGCACUAAUGAGAACAUACCUAUGAAUAUUAUAUUCCACUUCUGCCAAAAGAGCCUCCUAAAUGUUACACACUGAACCUUUAACAGAAAUAUACUCACAUACAUCCUGAUCACACAGUAUACAUUCACAUGAGCUUGUAACCUAGAAUUUAUGAAAGAUGCAGGCUUAAACAUGCAUGUAGUAGCUCUUAUUUAAAUACAAAUUAACAAUCAGGCAGACAUUACAGGCUAGAACAUAUGUAAACAUCAACUUUCAUUUACACACAAGCUUUUAUUUAAGAAACACACACACAUGCAGCUAUUGCCAUUUUAAGAUCAUCAGCAUUUAUUUCACAAGAACUAUUUCAAAUCUGUACCUGCAACAUGACUACUAACUUGCACUAACUAGUUCUUUCAUUAGUUAGUUACAUUUUUUGUCCUCUUCUUAUUUUCCAAAGUUAAAUGCAAACUCUGCUAGCACUCUGCACGCUCAGAGUCAAAAAUUUGCAAGGAGCAGUAAUUUACUAGUUACACAUUCAUCUGAGGCUUUAGCAAGAGUAACUUGAAACAAGCAUGCAGGCUGAGGGCUCACUGUUCAGCUAGGACACACAGCUGUUGGUGUACAUGAUCAUCACUGUCCAGAUGGAAUAAAUGACUAUAUCACAGUAACAGAAACUACGAGCCAUCGUGCCAUGCCAAGCUGCAACACCCACAGACCUUACAAGAAAUCAUAAAGAUGCUGUACUUCUUUCAGGAGUAGAAGAUAUGUAGCUUUUAAGUUUUUUAUUUAGAUUGUAUCUUGACCUCAUUGGUUCCAAAUAGUACAUCUGUUUUUCUGUCAGAUUGUCUGUCAUUUGAAAUGUAAUCAAUUUGGAUUGUACAUGAAUGUAUUUUUUAAGCAAAUAUUGUCAAUGUAUUUUUAUACUUUGUUUUUGCAAAUGUUACUUAAAUAAGGAUGAAAAAGUGACAAUGAUUCUAUUCUCCAGUUAAUUUGAUAACACUUCCCUUAUUUUAAAGGCCCUUCAGUUUCAUAAAUAUUUCCUAAAAGGCAACUGGGACAUUUUCUAGAAAGGGUUUGCAGAUUUUUACAGAAAUAAAUAUUUAAGAGAAAA